GGUUUUUGGUUGACCUUCCUUCUGAGGCCUUAUUUGUCCCAGCGACCUUACUCUGAAGUCAGGGACUUGGAGUUCGUCAGAAGUUGUAAUCCUGAUUGAAUAUUUUUAUUGUAGUUGGUAGCAUAAACAGUUUACCAUGCCGGAUGUAGUAGAGUUACCUACUCUACAAGAGUUAAACGUCGAGGAGGUGAACGUGUCCUCGGCCGUGCUGAAAGCUGCAGCCCACCACUUCGGCUCGCAGUGCGACAAGCCCAACAAAGAAUUUAUGCUGUGCAGGUGGGAGGAGAAGGACCCCAGGAAGUGCCUGAACGAGGGGAGGAAGGUUAACGAGUGCGCACUGCAGUUCUUCAGGCAGAUUAAGGGGAACUGCGCAGAGUCGUUCACAGAGUACUGGACCUGCCUGGACUACUCCAACCUGGCGGAGCUACGUCGCUGUCGCAAACAGCAGCAUGAGUUCGAUAACUGCGUGCUGCAGAAGCUGGGGUGGGAGCGACCGGGGCUUGGUGACCUGUCAAAGUUGACCAAGGUGGAGACCACUCGACCUCUGCCCGAGAACCCUUACCACUCGAGACCAAGACCCGAGCCCAACCCCGUGAUCGAUGCCCCACUUGAGCCCUCCAAAUAUGGCAGCCGUCUGUUCUUCUGGAACUGGUGAAGCCUGACCCUUCUGCACUGUGUCCGCCACUCCUGCUGACAUGCCCCACACUCCUGCUGUUGGAUGUGCGUGUGAGCCGGAGAGGACAUGAAACAGCUCCCACUGUACCAAACAACCCUGAUACACAAAAGA